AUGUCAGACUCCUCCUCCUACCAGUACGCCGCCGCCGGCACCCUCCUCCUCGUCCUCCUUGCCUUCGUCCUCUUCCAACCCAACGGCCUCGCCCGCUGGCUGCAAAAGAAAAACUACCAGUACGAAGUGACGUUUGCGCUGUACAUGCUUACGCCCACCGAGAAGUUCAUCUUCAACUCCAUCCUCUUCCUCACCCUCUCCAUGCUCACCACUGCCUGCUGCGUCUACCUCCCCUCCCACAUCCUCCUCAUCUCCCGCCGCGCAUACUACUACUUCGCCGGCGGCGACGCGACCUUCCUCGGCGCCUCGCGCACCGCUGCGUCGCACUUGGGCGGCACGGCGGCCAAGGCUUCGGAGGCGGUGUAUGAUGCUACGGCGAAUAUGGUGGGGGCGGCUUUUGGCGCGGCGGCGAAUGCUUCGGCUGCUGCUGGGGAGGAGGUGGCUGGGCAGGUUGCGGAUAGUGUUGGUUAA